CCUUUCCUCCUGCAGUCCUGCAACUAUUUAUCCCUCUCCGCGGCCCGUCUCUGCCACUCCCAUCUCCGCUGCCCGAGGCACCCAGCGCAGCGCAGCGCAGAGCAAAGCCGCGCACACCGCCACACAACCACCGCAAUGGCGCGCGCCGGCGCUCUCUGCCUCGCGCUGCUCUGCCUCCUCGCGGCGCACUCCGCCGUCGCGCAGAAGUCCACCACCCCCGCCCCGGCCACCGCACCGGCGGCCACCACCACCCCGCCGGCCUCACCCUCCAAGAAGACGCCCGCGCCAGCUGCCGCGCCACCCACCACUCCCGCUACCCUGGCCCCGGCCGCCACGCCGCCCACCACCCCCGCCACCCCAGCCCCUGCAGCCGCGCCGCCCACCGCCACCCCAGCUCCCGCCGCGGCGCCACCCAAGUCCACAAAGGCCGCUGCCCCCGCCCCCGCUCCCAAGGCCAAGGCCACCCCUCCCGCAACUCUACCACCGUUAGCCUCGCCCCCCACCCCCGUCGCGGAGCCCCCCACCAAGCCCGCCGAGGUCCCCGCGCCCGCGCCGUCCAAGAAGAAGAAGCCCACCACGUCCUCCAAGAAGAAGAAGAAGUCCAAGGCCCCGGCCCCGGCUCCGGUCGCCGAGGCACCCACCAAGCACUCCAAGGCUAAGGCCCCCGCGGCGUCCGAAGCUGACGCCCCAGGCCCCUCCGGCGACUCCACCGCCGCGGACAACGCGGCGGCAGGCAGGACCGUGCAGACGGUGGCAGGCGGCAUCAUGGCGGCCGCGCUGGGCCUCGUCGUGCUGCUCGCCUAGACGACGGACGCCGACGCGCGCGCGAGCGGGGGCGCCUGCCCAGCCGGUCCGUCCGCCGAGUCGUGCCACGAUACAAUUAUGCAGCCGGUGUACCCUGCCUUUCGGACGGCUGUUGGAUGCCACCCGUUUUUGCGCUGUAUUCUUGUCCAUUUUUAACCAUCUAGCUGGGCGUGUGUACUGUGUAGUAGUUCACCACCUCGGAUUCUUUCUUCUUCUGUACCACUGGCCCCAUUGAGAUUUAUUUAUAUCUUUACUACUA